AUGCCUGGAAUCGACAUGGCCCCGCUCGUCGCCGACGACAUGAGAGUCCUGGGCCAGGACCCUCUCAUCCAGCCUGCGCUCCUGAUCUCCGACAUCCCCAUGACCGACUCUGCCCUUCAGACCGUCGUCAAGGGCAGACGAGAUGCCGUCGGCGUCAUCAUGGGCCGCAACGACCGCCUGCUGGUCAUCGUUGGACCCUGCUCCAUCCACGACCCCAAGACCGCCCUCGAGUACGCCGCCCGCCUCAAGGCACUGGCCGAGAAGCUCUCCGACGACCUCGUCAUCAUCAUGCGCGCCUACCUCGAGAAGCCCCGCACAACCGUCGGCUGGAAGGGCCUGAUCAACGACCCGGACAUCGACCAGACCUUCAAGAUCAACAAGGGCCUGCGUGUCUCCAGACAGCUUUUCUGUGACCUGACCUCCAGCGGCGUGCCCAUCGCCAGCGAAAUGCUCGACACCAUCUCCCCCCAGUUCCUCGCCGACUUCAUCUCGGUCGGCGCCAUCGGCGCGCGCACCACGGAGAGCCAGCUGCAUCGUGAGCUUGCCUCGGGCCUGUCUUUCCCCGUCGGCUUCAAGAACGGCACCGACGGAAGUCUGGGCGUGGCCAUUGAUGCGAUUGGCGCGGCGGCCUCGAAGCACCACUUCAUGGGCGUCACUAAGCAGGGGCUCGCUGCCAUCACGCGGACAAAGGGCAACGAGCACGGCUUCGUCAUCCUGCGGGGCGGGAGCAAGGGCACCAACUACGACAAGGAGAGCAUCCAGCAGGCAAAGGACACCCUCAUCAAGAAGGGCCAGAAGCUCGCCAUCAUGGUGGACUGCUCACACGGUAACUCGAACAAAGACCACCGCAACCAGCCCAAGGUCGCCAAGGUCAUUGCCGACCAGCUGCGUGAGGGCGAGAAGGCCAUCAUCGGCGUCAUGAUCGAGUCGAACAUCAACGAGGGCAACCAGAAGGUACCAGCCGAGGGCCCUGCGGCUCUGAAGAAGGGCGUCAGCAUCACGGAUGCCUGCAUCGACUGGGACAGCACCGUGACUGUCCUAGAGGACCUCGCUGCCGCCGUCCGGGAGCGGAGAGAGAAGAACAAGGGCCACGCCAACGGCAACACCGCGGCCAAGGCCACCCUGCUGGAGGAGGAGUAA